AUGAGACCGGUAAGUUGUCAAUUUUAAAGUGUUAUUUUGAUGUUUAGGUACGAAGUAAACGGGUUUGUGGAAAGGACUCGAGGCCAAUUGGAGUUUUGUUUGGGAUUAAUCAAAACGAGCUUAAAGUCUUUUUCAGAGGCAGUUAUCUUACACUGGUUUGUUCUGAUAAGGUGUGUUAUUGUAUUAUCUUUACAUUUAUCUGUUUGUUUGGGUUAUUUUGGCUGUGUUUUCUUAUAUUUAAUCUGAUAUUGAUGUUAUUGUAGUUGAUAUAGAAAAAAUUUUUAUUUUAACGUUUUCUUUGGUUUUAGGACAGGGAAACGCUUGUCAUUGGACGACAUUACAUUGUAGAGAACAAGAAUGAGUUGAGACGGGGCGAUACAGGGUAUGAAGACUUGGGUAUUGAACGUUUGGCUAUGGAUGUGGUAAGACAUCUUUUUCGAUUUAAACUUUACAAUUGACUAUUGAUUUCAUGUGAUUAAUUGUUUCUUAGAAACAUUUUUAAGGAAGGCUAAGUCGGAGGUCUUAAAAAGGCUUGAAAGACAUAAUUUUGAUUAACAUUAUAAUUUUUAGGUCUACAUCAAUAUUUUGUAUGAAGAUCUCGUCGCGUUUGUUGGGACUGCACUGAAGAAGCAGGAAUACGUUUAUGAGCAUCCAACCCUCGGAAAAGUUGACUUUUUGAAUGAGAAUAACAUUGAAUUGUUGAAAACGAGCAAGGAUAACAUUAGAGUAGGUUAUGUUAACAUUUAUUUUGUCUGUUUUGGAAUUUUAGGGUAUUUAGAGGGAUGUAAUUUGGGUUUAUAGAAAGGAUUUCCAUUUAAGAAUUGUUUUUCACUAAUUACAAUGUUUUAGGUGGCUUUGUUCGAUACUCUGAAUGAUCUCAGCGACGAAUUCGUAAAAUCAAAUCUUAAAGGUGCUUUUGCUCCAGGAAUGUUUACUGAUGGUACUGGACGUUGGGUAAGUUUAUAUUUGUAUUUUUUGUUCUUUAUUUAGGUUCAUACUCAUUUUACAUGAAAAAAUGUAUAUUACCCUACUUUUUGGUCUAAUAAACCACUUUAUUCUCAAAACCGUUCAUUUCAUUGCAAAAAUUUUAUAUCGUUUUUGCUCUUAGGUUGAAUUGGAUUUUCCGCCACUUGACGAAAUCUAUGGGGGCAACUUUGGAGUAAGGAACAUGAUUAUCAGUCGUGAAAAUCAAAAAUUCAAAGCCAGUAAAAGCAAUCUGUCCUUCAAUCCAAGUGACAUUCCAAGUCUUGAUGGGUCGUUCAACAGUGGAAAGCGGGUUAAAUCUCCAGCCAAACCUCAAAAACCAAACUUUUUCUUCCACAUUGACAGCCUGGAGGACAUUGUUGGGCCUUCGAGUAAGGUUUUAAAGGAUUUGGCGGGGUUAAGAUAAGGAAAGGCAUUCAAAAAGGUUAAGAUAAGGAAAUGCAUUAAUAUAAGUUGCUGCGGUUAAAUAUGAUUCUAGUCAAUGUUGUUAUAAGAAAAACCUUGCUUUAGUUGGCAAGGAAGACUUUUUAAAUUUGAUUUUCACUGGUUUUUAGGCUUAAGUUAUAAAAAUAUUUGGUUAUAUUUAAAGAUUUUGAUAGAACCAGCUUUUGAGAAUCAUUUUUGUUACUGUAAUCUUGAAAAUUAGAUUAAAAAUGAUUUUUUAAACCUGAUUUUAGCACAAAAGCUGAAAAUGAUGACAAAAGAUUUCCUUAAAACUGUCGGAAAUCUAUUAUUUUUUAAAUUUUAGUCGAAAAAAAGCAAAUAUUGGCACGAAUUCAAUCAUAAUAAACGUAUUUUAGCUCGUUUCUGGAGAGAACCUGAAUCAAAACGUGCUGAAGAAUCUCAUACAUUCAGGAAACAGUCAUCAGAUUUCAUGGAGUUUCAAACACAUCGUGCCGAGAGUCGGGGAAGCUACCGCGACAGUCACAACUCGUCGAGGAAUCACCGUGACAGCCAAAGUUUCAUGAGAACUCAAGAGAAAGGGGAAGACUUGUCCAAAACCAAGAAAACCGCGCCGAAUUUCAAUUUUAAUCUCGGGGAAACGAAAAGUCAUUUCGAAUCGAAACCGUUUCAAAAUCGAAAUUCCGCGCAAUCUCCAAUGUGGACUGCGGAUGUGGACGAGCCUGAGGAGGUGGAGGAGUAAGUUCUUUGGAAAUUUUGUUUGUAAAUGGUAGGUAAUAGAUUUUUUAUCUAAAAUUUGAUUUUUCAAUAAUAUACAUUUAUUUGUUUAUUAACCAAUAACAAUCUUGUUACAAGUUUUAAAUAAAUUUUUAAUUCGAAAAAUAUGGCCGAUUCUUCUUUAUUCUAACCUUAUAUUAGAUCUUUAGGUAACGCUUACCAUUUUUUAACUGUUUUAGGUCAGUCGACGACAUUGACUUGAGUAACUUUGGCGAUGAAACGGAUAUCCACGACUUUCAAGUCGUUGAAGAACCAGAGCUGAAAAGUACAGUCGAAAAUGUGAGUUCGGAUGAUGAUGACAAUCCAGCGGAUGAGGACGAAGAUGAUAAUGACGAGAAGCGUAUGGGCUUUUUAUCUGACAGCGAUGACGAGGCUAGGUAGGGUUUUAGUAGUUGGUUGUUUUAGGUUUAGGUUUUGAUGUUCUAAAAAGGAAGAAUUUAUUUAUAUUGUUAUUCAAAAGAGUUACAAGUUCCAGAUGGCUACAGAAGAAUUCAAAAGUGCCAUUUUAAGACCUUUUACAGACAAAAACAAUAUCAAAGUCCAGACGAAGCAGACGCCGAAUUCAAGAAGCCGAUCAUGUACAAUCUUCGUUUGGCUAUCAACGAAGACGCGGAUUCAGAAGAGGAUUCUGGAGUCACGUUUCCGGAUAAUCACUUGCCGACUGGAGUUCGACUACCACUGCCACUAAUUAAGCCGGUCCCGGACUACAGAGGAGCCAUCAACUUGAACAAUGACAGAUUCACGGCAGUUAUUGGAGUCGCCGUGGUCUUCGAUGGUGAUAACACUGCCAUUCGGACCCACAUGGGAAUGCAUAAGGCUCAGAUGAGGAUCUUCCCAGGAACGUGGUUGAAGUGUGAGAUUUACAAUAAUGUUGUUGUCAUGGCCAGAGUUAUAACAUCUCCGAUAUACACCAGAAGGAUCAUGCACAAGGGAAAGAAGAAGCUAGCUGUAGGUUUAACUUCUUAUCUUGUACCUUUUCAAUUUCUAGUAGCGUUUCUGUUGAUAAGUCUUGUUGCUACCUAUAAUAUUAUUGUUCUGAACAUCAUUUUAUUAGGUCUGAAAUCAUGAAUAUUAAUCUGUUGUUUAAUAUUAACUUCUUUAGUUCUUCUGCCAAGUCAGUCGCACCUCUCAAGGCUGGUACUUCAACAAAUACCUUGGCACAAUCGUGGACAAACGCUUCGACGAAAAAAUGGAGUAUUACAUCAAGAAGAAGAUGAGGGCGCCGUUUGACAUUUGGGUGGAGAUUGAAUUCUUCGCAGAUGUUCCGAGCGGAACAAUUGAAACCAAGAUUCAAAAGUUCCACAAAUUCUAUGAAGGUGGUGCAAUUUUGGCUGACGAAGCAUCCUGGUUCGAUGGAGCUCAACUCAGAACGAAGCUUCAGAAGAAGAUGAGGGAUGAGUUUAAUCGAGGAGUGUGUGAAGACCGAUGUCCAAUGCAAUACUAUGGCCAAGUGGUCGAGGGGAGGAGGAUUGAAGCGGCUGGAAAGAGAGGGUACGGUUUUGGGCGACGGGGUGCUUUUUGAGAAUAAAAUUUUUUUUAAAUUUGUGACUUAUUUACUUAUAACAUUUUUUUAAUUAUAAGCGUAUACUAAAACUAGCAAUCAUAUCCUUUAAUAUAUGUAUGUGAAGCUUAUAAUCAUACUAAUCCACAAUAUUACAGCAAAAUCUACUACAUGGGCGACACGAUGGAACAAAAGAUUGCUUUGUACAAGGCCGAGUUUGAGAAGGGAAAGAAGGCUAGGGAGAAGGAGCUGGAAGAAAGAAAGGAGCGUCUUCUGAACGGCGACUUCACCGAGGAGCAGUUGUACGAUCCAAACGAAUCAGAUGCCAACUUUGUACCCAAAUUCCCGAAUUUGCCAGACAACAAUCUCUCUAAGGUGAAGACGGUCGCGGACAUGGACAAGUUCAUCAAGGAGAACGAACGCAAAAAGAGAGAGGAAGAGCGUCGGAGACAGAGAAUGUUGUACGAUGAGGUCAAGAAGGAGCAGGUGAACAUAUUAUGAUUGAUAGUAAGCUAAUGUUGAUGGAAAAUGAUAAAGAAAAUGGUUGAAAAUGAGGUUUUUGAUGAAUUAUUUGAUGAUAAUUUAUAUCUUAUAAAGAUAUCUAGGUAAGAUUGACAUGAAAUACUUCUUCAAAGGCAUAUUUACUUUUUUAUUUUUCAGGGAGUUGACUUCACUUUCAACUUGCCCGAUUUGAAGCCACAGGGAAACGUGAAUGUUGGAGAUGGAAGUGAAGAGAGCGAAGAUGAAGAUCAACUAUUUUCAGAUGACCUUUUAAAGUAUGAAUGGGGCGAGUCGGGACGUUCAACCUCAAAAAACGUGGCCCAGAAAAAGCGUUAGUUUAUUGUUAUUUGUCUUGCUUUAAUAAAUUUUUGUUGUUGUAGGUCAUUUUCAGUUGUUAUGUUGUGGUAGAGUAGUAUUUUUAUAUAAAAUUGCCUUAUUAUGACCUUUUGUAGAACCUUCGGAAACCCCAACUGCUUCUGACAGAUCCAGAAUGCGUACCGUUCGCCCAUCAGGCUUACACCCAGACGACUCUCAAGGUGAAGACAAAGAAACCACGAAAUCGUCCUUUGGAACAGCGCCAAAUAUGAAUUCUGGAGCUUCAUUUGUCUCGACCAAGUCAAAGCUAAAUGAAUCAAUGUUUUCGUCGAAGAAUUGUGACAGUAAUCCUUUUGGGACCGUCGAUUCUUUCAACAAGGCCUACUUCAAGCCGGCAGAGUCAGCGGCUAAUCUCAGAUCUCGAACUUCGUCUUCCAUUACGGUAUCCGACACCUCGACCUCGAAAGUGAGCUCUGCUACGAAGCUUAAGCAAUCGACAACUUCGGACGGAAAGGCCAACACAACGUCUAGUUUCGCAUCAGCAAAAUCUUCACGACAAUCAUCGAAUGCAAGACCAUCGGGUUCGGUUCAACCAUCGACUUCACUUCAGAAGGAGUCUCUGAACUCGACGUUGGAGUCAAAGCCCUUCCGACAAGAUUCUACCUAUUCUGAUGGAUUUUCGAUUCGACCUGAUCACAGUGUAUUCGGUAAACCGUCUUUUCCAACAAAUCAUAACACGUGCACUCCUGAAGGCUCAAUGAUUCGAGAAAGAGAAGAAGAACGACCCAAGUUGGAGGUGGUACCUCCAGCUCAACGGAGAAUUCCUUAUGAGUAAGUUAUGUUGAUUUCAUAGGGAUUUUAGAUAGUUUGAUAUUUAUGGAUUUGAUUUUAAUAUUCUUUGUUUGGAUAUUGUUGUUCAUAGUCUUGAUUUACAGAUUUUAUAGUUUAAAGUUUUGGAAACUUGGAGGAAUUUUUAAAUUUGCCUAGAAUAAUAGUUUUAAUGAAUAUUUUCAAGUUACUUUUUUUACACAUAUUUUUCUAAAAAAUCAAUUGAAGUUGAAAGUUUAUUUUUCAGAUGGAACAGACCAGAUUCUGAAGAUGAAGCUGCACCAAUAAAGAAGCAGUCCACCAGAGUGCCACGACCUCAAGCACAUCGACCAUCAGCUGCUGUUUAUGUGGUUGGAAAAAACGAAAAAAAUAAUUCUGGAGCUCCACAGUCUAACACUGGACCGUGGAGAAGUAAGGUCAUCGAUGACAAGAAUCACCCAGAAAACCUGAUCAACGAACAACUGAAGCCGAAGCGAGAGUUGUCUCGAGAAGAACUGGAGUUCUUCUUUGGAACUCCACUUGAUUACCCCAUCCCAAGCAAGUACGAGGCUCUGAUCGAAGACUCGCAGUGUUUGCAAGAGCCGAUUCAAUGUCUGGUCAUUCACAAGAUCCAAGAUCAUGGCGUAGUACUCUACGAGAUGGCCACUGGAAAGUUUGGCAUCAUGCUCAAAUCUCAAGAGUAUGCUCUUUUAGUGUUAUGGGGGUUUUGGGAUAGCUUUUGAGUAUUUUAUAAUGGAAAAGACCUUUUAUCUUAUACUGGAGCUAAUAAAAACAGUACUAAUCAUUUUAUAAUUACUUUAGACGUGUCUACGACCUCAGCUUGGGCUGCAUCUUGCACGUACGUCCCUAUUUCCUGAACCACCCCGACCAUGAACUCUACGAAUUUCAUUGUACAAGAGUAAACAAUUCGAAUAUUGAACUUCCGUCCGGUAACAUUCUGGAAAGAACCACACCGUUUGGUACUGAAUUGUACUUGAACUUGCUGUCAUUCGAGUUGAAGUGCCCUGUCAAGAAGAAGGGAAGGUUUUAUGCAUGGACAAAGUUUGGCGAGGUUAUCAUACCUAAAAGAGCGGCCUUCUCACGGAAACCAUAUCAUUUUGUGGCUCGAAUGGGAAAGAGGAACUUCACUUUGGUGGAUGGGACUCUUAAGGUAAGAUUGAAGUUGUAAAAAUGAUUUUUCGUCUAUAACUUAUUCUUUAAAACUGUUUUAAGCCUAACAAUAAAUUUUGACGUCUAUUUUGACUUCAAAAAAUAGAAAAGAUAUUGAGACUAUAAUUAAUGUUUCGUUUUCAGUUUAUGGAAGACUUUGAUUGGGAAAAAUACCUUCUUCCCGGAGCCAAACUUCAAUAUCAACAAAUGAUGCAACGGAAACAACAGCAACAAAGAGAACAACAGCAGCAACAACAAAGAGCGCAACAACAGCAACAACUAAGAGAGCAACAUCAUCAACAAAAUCAACGUUCUCGACUAUCCACUCUGAACGAUGAUGUCUUUCUCUCGGCCAACGACCCCACCACUCCAACUCCCUACAAACCAUCUCAGUUCACGGGCACCAAGAACACUCCAGAACACAUUCCUCAUUGGUCGGCGAGUGUAGCUUCACCUGCAUGUUUCGAGAGUCGAGCCAACGACUUCAACGAACAAACUGAUGAUGAAGUUAGUACAACAAUGAGAAGGAAUCCAACUGGAUCGACUGCCAGAAGAGAGCUAGACUUUGGAAGAGAUAAUAGUGAGGGCUUUAGAAGACCACCGUCGCAGCAGAAGCCAGCCUUCAGAAGGGAAUCCGAACAAGAAGACUUCAGAAGAGGACAAGACUUGAGAGGAUCUCAACAAGACUUCAGAAGCUCUAAACUCUCGAACCGUGACGGCCGACUCUUUAGUAAUGAAGGCUACGUUCCUCCCGAACAAGACUAUCUUCAGGAAGAAUAUCCCAAUCAGCAACGUUACAAUGCUCAACCACCGCCAUGGCUACAGAAUUCAGCUAGAAAUGAUAACAGAAACUCGUGGAAUCAAGCUAAUGAUCAAGUGGAACGUUUCGGUGGCAGCAACCUGAACAUUCAGAAUCAAGGUCAAUUUGGAGGUAACGAACCACCAAGUGGCAGAAUGAGCGUCAUGAGUGGUCGCUACGGCAACAAUAAUCCUCAGUUUGACGGUGGAUAUUCAAACCAAAGCUCAUAUCACGGUGGCAACCGGAAUCAAGCUCCAUAUUACGGUAAGCGUCCACAGCACCAUGACUUGAACAGUUAUGGUCGAGGACCACUUCAGAAUCCAAACUUCAGACAAGGCUACGACCAAGGAAACUUUGAUGACAGAUCUAAUGAUGGUCGUUAUCAGAACUCGAACCCCGGAAGUCAGUACUUUAGUCAAAGCGGAGGAAGACCCAACUACGAUCCUAAUAUGGGUGGAACUCGAAACUAUGGCCCAGCAGGAAGUAAAGGCUAUGAACAAUAUGGACCUGCUAAUUACGACAAUCGAACACCCAACUUUGGUGCAUCCAGGAACCAGAACUACGGUCCAGGACCUCAGAACUACGAUCAGGAGACGCGAGGUGAUAACUAUGACAGUCGUCGUUACUCAACUCAACCUUAUGCACCAACCGAUUGCGGUAGAAGCAGCUCACGAUUCCAGAAUUUCGAUCAGCAAAGUGUCUCAAGUCACUGCCCAAACAACGGCCCUUAUCAAAAUUAUGGACCAAACGGACCCUAUCAGAACUACGGGCCUAACUUUGAUCAACCGCAGCAAAGAAGACCGUCUAACUACGAACAAGAGCAACGUUAUGCUUACAAUGGAUUCCAGAACAAAUACGAUGAUCCACGGUACGGUGGACCGAACUAUGGCCCAAACCUUGGCUACAGCGGUUCUCGGUCAUACUACGACAAUCCUCGUUACGACGGCUUCGAUUCUAACAACCCAAAUAACGGAUACCGUCUUGACAAUGGCUACGGUUCUAAUAAUCUUCAAGGUCUCAACAAUGGGUAUGGUCCGAACAAUGGCUACAACAAUCGUCGUGACAGCUAUAAUUCGAAUGAAGGACCCAGUAAUGGCCGCGGCUACGAACAAGGGGGUAAUGAACAAGGCUUCCAAGGCCAAAAUGAUCAGAGACGGUACAGAGAUGGUGUUCAAGAUCAACCAAAAGAGAAUAUCAGGGAAGGUCAGAAGGUGGACAAUGACAAAGCUAAAAACACGAAGGAAACUACGUCAAAAACACAAUCAAAGGUUGUUCAGAUCGAGGAGAUUGUUGAUACUACCACUACUACUACUGUUGAGGUAGGUUUUUGAGGUUUGGCCAAUGUUUAUAUUGUUUUUGAUGGCAAUAACUUAGAAAAUAUGGUUUAAGAGAUGUUUGCUUUUUUAAAAUACUUGUAUAAGGUUAAGUCGAAAUAUUUUAAAAUUAAAGCUAAAAGGUGUGUUUUCAGAAGCAAACAGAGCCCAUCGUCGAGAUGCCAAGCUCCUUAGAAUCAGAAAGUCAAUUCAAAAUUAGAAUCGAAGAGAACACCACCACGAAGACGAAGAUCACGUCUGAAGAACCGUUGAAGGAAACAAGGAAGAGAACCCAAAUGUCACCAGUCCGCCAAGAAAACCGAGUGCCGGACAUGAAGUACUCUGAAGAUGAAUAUGUAAGUGAAGAAGAAGAGGACAUGGCCAAUAUGAGUGACGAUGGCAGUGGAUUCCCGAGCUUCAGGAAUGAGUCGAGUGCUCACGAAAGUCGAGUUUUGUAUGAGGUGGGUUUUGUAUUAUUUGGUAGUAAUGGUUAGAUUUGGCUUUUGGGAGGGAGGGGCGAUUAUUAUUGUUAUUAUUAUGGGCGUGGUAAAUUCUGUAUUCUUUGGAAUAAAGAUUUUUUUAAAGUGUAUAUUAUUGUACAUUAUAUUUUUUCUAUCAACUUAAAUCUUCUUUCAGCCAUCAUAUAUCAAGGAAGAACCAGCUAAGUCAACCGAAAAGCCAGUCGAACAAGCUGAAAAGGUAGCUGAAGAAGUUGUCAACUUGCAAACUAAAACAUUGGCGUCAGAAGGAAAAAGCCGUGUGGCUCCGAAGCCGACGGCUCCCUUGGUCUUCAUGCAAGAAGAAGAAGAUGAUGAAGAAGAAGAGUGAGUGAUAUUAUAGUGUUGUACCUAAGAUCUUACUGUUCAGAUUAUAG